AUGUACAAGCGCUUGUUUUCUUCUUCUUCUUCUUCCUCCUCCCUCUGCGGCUGCUAUCUCCCCGGAGUCCAUCCACUCGAAUCAUCUCCUCCAUCAAAUCUUCUCUUCUCCUCCGAAAAGCUCAUACCAGCUCUACCUGCAGGAUCUUGGUACGGACGGACGCUCGGCUCCCAGCGAGGUAGAUCUCGCGCCCGGCAUGGCGCAGCUCUCCAUUCACGGGCGAGGAAGCGGUGGCGCCGAUGGUUUGUUUGGUUUCGGAGAGUGGUAGUGGGGAGGGGGAGCAUGAAGCUCUACAUAUCCGCGACGGGGAUUAAGAAGCUGACCAUACCCAGCUCCGGCGCCGGCGGCGGGAAGGGGUCGCCGUCCUCGGCGGCGGCCGCUGUUCCUGCUAAUCCGGGCCGCCGGAUCGCGGGCCGCGCGGUGCUGCCGGCGGUGCUGGUGCUCGGCCUCGCGCUGCCGUUUUUGUUCGUCAGGGUCGCGUUCCUGGUGCUGGAAUCUGCCGCUGCUUGCUCUGCCUCCUCCAACGAUUGCUUUGGCUGGAGAUUUUUCGGCGGGAAUGACGCAGCUCUGCUUAGGGAGGAGCUGACGAGAGCGCUGCUGGAGGCGAAGGAAAGCGACGUGGGGGAGCGGCAGGGGGUGGAGAGUUCGGUCGAGUCAUUUGGUGAGCUGGUGAAGGAGAUGACGUCUGGUCAACCCGACAUCAAGGAAUUCGCUUCCAAGACCAAAGCCAUGUUAACUAGGAUGGAGCGGAAGGUUCAUUCUGCCAAACAGCAGGAGUCAAUUUAUUGGCAUUUAGCAUCACACGGUAUACCAAAAGGUCUUCAUUGCCUUUGCCUGAAACUGGCUGAAGAAUAUGCAGUCAAUGCUAUGGCUCGGUCUCGUCUACCUCCACCUCAAUAUGUUCGUCACCUUGCUGAUCCUCACUUCCAUCAUGUUGUCCUCAUAACUGAUAAUGUCCUUGCUGCCUCGGUUGUGAUCUCUUCUACUGUGCAAAACUCAGCAAAACCUGAAAAAUUGGUAUUUCACGUGCUCACUGAUAAGAAAACAUAUACUGCCAUGCAUGCCUGGUUUGCCAUAAAUCCAAUCAGGUUAGCUGUGGUUGAAGUGAAGGGACUGCACCAAUAUGAUUGGUCUCAGGAAGUCAACAUUCGUGUCAAGGAGAUGAUAGAUUUUCAUCGUCUAUUAUGGAGACACUUCUACAGGAAUAUGAAAGGAGAGUACUUAGAUGAAGCAGAAGAAAAAUAUGUUGAGGCUCUCAGUCCCAGCAACCUUUCCCUCUUGAAUCAUCUGCGCGUUUUCAUUCCCGAGCUGUUUCCAGAUCUAAACAAGGUGGUGUUCUUGGACGAUGAUCUCAUAGUGCAACGUGACUUAUCUCCACUCUGGGAUUUAAAUCUCGAAGGAAAAGGUGUCGGUGCAGUUGUCAAUUCAUGGUGCGGAGAUGACUGCUGCCCAGGAAGACAGUACAAGGAUUACUUGAAUUUUUCUCACCCUACUAUCUCGUCCAACUUUGAUUCGAAUCGUUGUGCAUGGUUGUAUGGGCUUAAUGUUUUCGACCUGGAAGCCUGGAGGAGGAGUAACCUCACAAGAAAUUACCUAAACUGGCUAAAAGAGAGCCUCAAUUCGGGAUUGGAACUAUGGAUUCCUGGAGUUCUUCCGCCAGCCUUGAUAGCUUUUGAGGGUCAGGUGCAUCCAAUUGAUCCUUCAUGGCACCUGGCCGGAUUGGGCCAUCGGUUCCCAGACACUCAGGGAAGGUUAGUGGCAGCUGCUGCGGUUAUACAUUUCAGUGGCCCCGCAAAGCCAUGGCUAGAAAUUGGAUCGCCCGAGAUACGGAGCUUAUGGUACAGGCACUUAGAUCCCUCAAAUGAGUUUAUUAGAAAAUGUAGGAUAACUGGGUGAAGAGGACAAAGAUGUCUCUCGGCCCAGGAGACUAGAGCAGAUAUAAGGAAGGGAACAGAGGGAAGAAGGUAUUGCCUUCAGUCUCUGCCUCCUGCAUAACUCUCCCCUAGGCAAUAUUACAGAAUAGCUUGUUUAUAGUAGAGAGAAAAAAAGAAUGAAGAUAUAUUGUCGUAAGGCAUAUACACCACAGUCAGCUUCAGCCCCUAGGUGUUUACAGAAUUAUGCAAAUCUUUGACGUUUAUGUAAUAUAGUCUGGUUAGAUGGGAAUAGAUUGUGUUUAAUAAGCGUUAGAAA